AUGCACCACGUGACAUCAGACAUUGUUGCCGACAUUGCCAAAUACACGAAUUCUAACAAGAACCAUGCUAGGCCACCGAUUGCAAUACUACGCAAGAUCAUCCUCCUUCUGGAAGAUCCACAGUUUCAACCGCAGAACUUGGAGAUCACCACCUUCAUUACUGAUACAUAUAAGGACUACAUUGAUAAUGACCAGGUCCGGCUCUUAGUCUAUCUUAUACUGGAUACGUACGAUCCAGGAACUUCUCUGACUCUAAUCUGCGAGCCUCAGUUUUUGAACCUACUUGUUAAUCAGUCUCUCAAUGGCGACUUUCACGCAAUGAAGACACUUCUUAGCACAUCUCACAAUACCCAUAUAAUUGGAACGUUCGAUUCCUCUAUCACCAAGACCCUCUACGACUACUGGAGCCACUUACCAAUAGAGAAACACACCAUAUAUACUAUACAUAUGGGUGUCACCUUCACACCUACUAUUCCUUCGAAAACAGUCAUUGAACAACUACUAUCCAUUCUACAGUCGUCCAAUGAUAGAUUGCUGGUUUCCCCCAUAUGCGAGUCGAUCAUGUCGCUAUCACCAAAAGUAGACCUUAAACCAUUACUGAAUGUUCAUCACGUCUCUAAACUGCUACCUUGUCUUCUCCAAUCCAAAGAUCUCGAGCACCAGUUUCGCAUAUCAUCAAUACUGUCGCUUUUGUCUCAUUUCGACACCACAAUCAAUGGUAAUUUUGCCAAUGAUAUACUCACAUGUGUUUCCACACUCCUCAAGUCAGAAAACGUUCUUGUUUUCCUAAACACCGUCAAGUGUAUGAUCUCCAUUUUGUCUUGUUCCGGCAUUGCACAUGAGAAAUAUCUCCUACAAAUAUUGAAAAGUUUUGAUAGUAUCUACAAGGGAAUACAGGGUAAGGAACAUCCUCGAAUGCUCUAUUUUCUAGCGUUGCGUAACCUGAUCAUUUUUAUGCUCAAGUACAAAGACACGUUUCUUUCUAAUGCGGAAAUUGGAAACGCUCUUCUGUCACUAGUUAAAACAUACAGUAUGGUUGAUCCAUUGAUAGAUUCCGAGCUCUAUAUUAUUGAUACAAAGCUCGAAAUCAUCUACCUCCUUACCAAGCACGGGAUCUUUGGUGACCAUAAGGAAACAUUCGAUAUUCUGCUGAAACUAGUCAGAUCGUCAAACAGUGAGAUAUCAUAUAAGUCCAUUCGAACAAUUGGGAACUUAUUGGUGAACUUUCCCCAAAUUUAUACGUCCCAACUACUGGAUUCUCUUGUUGUGUUCACCUCCCACAUACACCGGCUUGCAUUAAGUAUCUCUUUAAGUGAACUUGACAACGCGUCGCUGAUAAGUACUUAUCUGGACCAACUCCUGGAACAGCCAGACCCUAUAAUUAGGCCUGACUUCCGAACAGACGAUAUAGUCGCCUUCCUUGUUCUCCUGGGGAAAUCAAAGUCACACAUCGACACGCUGUUGUCGGUAUACAAAGAUCUCCAAGUGAGAGUCUUUGCUAACUCCGACGAAAAGGUUUAUAUCUACGACGCAUUCAUUAGCAGUCUCAUCUAUUCAUAUACUAAUAACUCACUCUCACACGGGAAGGACAUCCUCGAAAUCAUGAAACACAUAUACAAUGACCACAAACUCCCACUCUACGUUAGAAAGAAAGUAUCAUUUCACACGAGACUCCUCACAAUGGGUCACACUCUCCCAGAGCUACCCCCACACGAGCACACCAUGUCUGAAUUCGACCCGAGCGAACUCACCCCUGAUAUGGGCACCCUGGCCAGUGUGUACUUACGUCCAGUGCGUUCAAUCUUCCGCCACGUUUAA